AAGCCCCCUUCUCUCUUCCCAAACUGGCUUUUCUUGGGGUUUUGCCUCCUCUUCUUCUUCGUCGUCGUCCCGAGAGCAGCCGCCGCGAUGCCGCUUUACGAGGGCCUCGGGAGCGGCGGCGAGAAGACCGCGGUGGUGAUGGACCUGGGCGCGGCCUUCACCAAGUGUGGCUUUGCAGGCGAAACAGGGCCAAGAUGUGUUAUCCCUAGCGAAAUAAAGAAACCUGGAAUUUCAAAGCCUGUCAAAGUUGUUCAAUACAACAUCAAUACAGAGGAAUUAUAUUCGUACCUGAAGGAGUUCAUCCACAUGCUGUACUUCAGGCACUUGCUGGUAAACCCCCGAGACCGCCGUGUUGUGAUUGUGGAGUCUGUACUCUGCCCUUCCCAUUUCAGAGAGACGCUUACAAGGGUUUUGUUCAAAUACUUUGAGGUUCCUUCAGUGCUCUUUGCCCCAGGCCACCUGAUGUCUCUCCUGACCCUUGGGAUCAAUUCUGCUAUGGUCUUGGAUUGUGGCUAUACAGAAAGCAUGGUGCUCCCCAUCUAUGAAGGAAUUCCAGUUCUGAACUGCUGGGGGGCGCUACCAUUGGGAGGAAAAGCCAUUCACAAAGAACUGGAGUACCAGCUGCUGGAGCAAAGCACUGUGGAUACAGGAACCACCAAAGGACAGAGCCUUCCCUCGGUGAUGGGUUCUGUUCCAGAAGACAUUGUAGAAGACAUCAAAGUUCGCACCUGUUUCGUGAGCGACCUCCAGCGGGGGCUGAAAAUCCAGGCGGCGAAAUUCAACCUCGACGGCAGCGCUGAGCGCCCCACUCCACCUCCAGACGUGGACUAUCCGUUGGACGGAGAGAAGAUUUUGCACGUGAAUGGAGCAAUUAGGGAUUCUGUCGUCGAAAUACUCUUUGAGCAGGACAACGAAGAAAAAUCUGUGGCCACUUUGAUCCUGGAUUCACUGGUUGAGUGCCCGAUAGACACCAGGAAGCAGCUGGCUGAGAACUUGCUGGUGAUUGGCGGCACCGCCAUGUUGCCAGGAUUCCUGCACAGAUUAAUGGCAGAGAUCAGGCACCUGGUGGAGAAGCCCAAGUAUAAGGAGACGCUGGCAUCCAAGACCUUCCGAGUGCACACGCCACCAGCCAAGCCCAACUGCGUGGCCUGGUUAGGAGGAGCAAUCUUUGGAGCCCUCCAAGACAUCCUGGGCAGUCGUUCCGUGUCGAAAGAAUACUACAACCAGACAGGCCGCAUCCCUGACUGGUGCUGCCUCAAUAAUCCUCCAUUGGAAAUGAUGUUUGAUGUUGGGAAAACGCCCCCGCCCCUGAUGAAAAGGGCCUUUUCCACAGAGAAGUAGGAGUCUGGCUGAGACACGGGUCUUGUUUGCAUUGCGGCACUUCCUUCCUUCCUUCCUUCCUUCCUUCCUUCCUUCCUUCCUUCCUUCCUCCCUCCCUCCCUCCCUCCCUCCCUCCCACC